GCACAAUUCUUGGAGCAUUUACUUCGCAAGAAAUGCAAUUAAUGUCCGAAAUUAACACAAACUUCAUUGAUAUUCCCAUAAUAUCUCUACCUAUUGCUGCUUCGCUUACUCCUCAUAAUAAUAAUCUAUUCCCACAUCCUUCCUUUAUUCAAAUGGCUCAGAACAUCACAUUUCACAUCCAAUGCACAGCUGCCGUUGUCGCCCAUUUCCAAUGGCAUAAAGUUACUCUCAUCUAUGACAUCACAAACGACAUGUCCUUCAACAUGGAAGCUUUGACUCUUCUCUCCAACCAACUUGGAGCUUUCAAUGUAGAGAUUGACCAAAUCUCAUCCUUCUCUUCUUCAUAUACAGAAUCUAUGAUUGAGGAAAAGCUCAAAAGCCUUGUGGGUCGUGAGAGGAACAAGGUCUUCAUUUUGGUGCAAUUUUCUAUUGAAUUGGCCAAACUCCUUUUUCACAAAGCAAAAGAAAUGAAUAUGAUGGAUAAUGGGUUUGUUUGGAUCGUUGGAGAUGAGAUAUCAAGUCAUCUUGAUUCUUUGGGUUCAUCAACUUUUAAUGACAUGCAAGGUGUCAUUGGUUUUAGAACAUAUUUUGAUCGUAACAAAGAUUCCUUCAAGAAAUUUAGAAGUAAAUUUCAAAGAAAGUAUGUUUCGGAAUAUGAUGAUGAAGAUGAGGAAAUGACAAAUGGGGAGCCCACCAUCUUUGCACUUAGAGCUUAUGAUGCAGGAUGGGCUGUGGCACUUGCGGUGCAUAAAUUGCAAGCAAAUUUUAGCAACAAGCAAUUAUUGAAGGAAAUUUUAAGGAUUGAAUUUGAAGGGCUUAGUGGGAAAAUAGGAGUCAAGAAUGGUGUUUUAAUGGAACCACCCACUUUUGAAAUUAUUUAUGUGGUGGGUAAGAGUUACAAAGGGAUGGGAUUUUGGAGAGAGAAGGUUGGAUUUUUCAACAAUAUGAUUGAAAAUAAUGAUCAAGAAAUGAGUAGUAGCAUUAUUAUUCAUGGAGGAAGAAGUAGAAGUAGUAAUAAUAAUGAUGAUAAUAAUAAUAAUGUUGUUUUGGAAUUACCAAGAUUUGUUUUGUGGGAAGGAAAUGCAGGAACAGGAUUAAUUAAACGACGGAUUGAUGUUGAAAAUUCUAAUUUUGGAGUCACAGGAAGGAUACUGAAAAUUGGUGUUCCAGCCAACAAUACAUUUCAAGAUUUUGUGAGAGUUUGUUACAGUCACUUAAAUGGAAUGUACAUUUCUGGAUUUUCCAUUACUGUGUUUGAAGCUGUCGCAAAAAACCUGCCCUAUCCAUUGUUGUAUCAGUUGGUACCCUUCAAUGGCUCCUAUGAUGGAUUGAUAGAACAAGUCUACACGAAGGGUUUGGAUGGUGCGGUGGGGGAUAUCGGAAUAAUUGCAGACCGAUUUCGAUAUGUGGAUUUCACAGAGCCAUAUUUGGUGUCUGGACUUCUUAUGAUAGUGAAAGAGGAGACAAAGAUUUGGAAAGAAAUAUGGGCAUUCAUGAGAACAUUCACAACCACAAUGUGGAUCAUUUUGCCAAUCUCCCAUAUUUUUAUAAUCUCUGUUGUCUGGCUGGUUAAAGAAGAUAGUAGCGACGACCUAUCAGGAUUCGGAGAAAUGCUAUGGUUUUCAAUAACCGUCAUCUUUUACGCACAAAAAAGAGAAGUGAAAGGGUUUUUAGCUCGGUUGGUGUUAGGGACAUGGUUGUUUGUAAUUCUUGUGGUAACUUCAAGUUUUACCGCAAGUCUUACAUCUAUGAUGACGGUUUCGAGAUUUGCUCCAUCAGUUGUUGAUAUUGAAACAUUAAGGCAAAUGAACGCAACCGUGGGAUGUAACUUUAAUUCUUUCAUCAUAAGAUAUUUAAAUGAUGUGUUGAAGAUUCCACUUGCUAAUAUCAAGACCCUUUCUGGGCUUGAUGAGUAUCCAAAGGCAUUUGACAAUGGACAAAUUGAAGCAGCUUUCUUCAUAACUCCACAUGCUAAGGUCUUUCUUGCUAAGUAUUGCAGAGGCUACACCACUGCAGCUACUUUUGAUCUUGGUGGCCUUGGUUUUGCUUUUCCAAAAGGGUCAAGUCUAGCGGUGGACGUAUCGACAUCGAUCAUUGAGCUAAUAGAGAGAAGAAAGAUGCCACAAUUAGAAACAACGUUGUUGUCCACCUUCAAUUGCUCUCCAUCCAGCCAAGUUGAUGGGUCCUCAAGUUUAGGGCCUUGGCCUUUCGCAGGUCUAUUCUUCCUUUCGGGAAGUAUUGCAAUUUUAGCACUCAUACAUGUUGUUCUUAAAUGGCUUAGAAAUUGGUGGCGCAACAAUGGACGUUCACAAGUCAAGCCCAUGGACGAUGCCAAUCCCCAUACUCAACCCAAUAUUGAAAUUCAAUUUUCAAACGUACCCAACUUAUAACAAUUAAUAAAUAUUAAACUUAU